ACGGUUUUGUGAAAAUAGGAAAAAAUGAUUAAAUUUCUAGUUUUUCUUAUGUUUUUAUUUCAUUUCAUUUUAACCAUCGAUUCACAUCAUACAAACAACAGGAUUUCUGUUUACUACGAGUCCAUCUGCCCGGACAGCCGGCGCUUCAUUUUGAACCAACUGAUCCCGACGUACGAGAAGUUGAGUCCAUACGUGGACAUCGAUCUGAUCCCAUUCGGCAACGCAAACGUCAGUUACCCGAACCACGACUUCAAGCCGUACUUCCAGUGCCAACACGGCCCGGACGAGUGCUACGGCAACAAAGCCCAGGCCUGUGUCAUCGAUCUGACCAAAAGCACCCGACCGUCGCUCAGUUAUGUCAAGUGUAUGUUCUCAGCGGACAAUUGGAGGCAAACUGUGAUGACGGCCCAAAAGUGCGCCGAAACCCUAUCCAUGAAUUGGACUCAAAUCAAGGAAUGCAUUGAUGGCUCACACGGGGACCGCCUAUUAGUGGCUCAUUCGCACCGGACGUUUAAUUUAGAGCCUCAGCACCGGUUCAUUCCGUGGGUUAUAAUCGAUGGGACGCAUACGGAUGAGAUCCAGAGCCGCUCGCAGACCAAUCUCAUGCAAUACAUGUGUGAAGCCUAUCAUAACAAUCACUUGCUAAGAAUUUAA